AUGAUUGGUCUCAAAGAUCUCCUAUUCUAUUGCUUUAUAUUAUUUCUCUGUUCAACUAGCUCUGAAUCGUUCAAAAUUCUGGUUUACACGAAUUUAUUCGGCCACAGUCAUGUGAAAGUGAUGGCUACGGUAGCAGAUGCCCUAACAGAUGCAGGUCAUAAUGUGACAGUCCUGAUGCCUAUCAUUGAACAACAGUUUAUCAAUAAAACAUGCUUGAAAAGUACCAAAAAUGUGAUAUUUGUGGAACAAGAUGAUAAACUGAAAGCAUUGAUGGCCACGAGGAGUAAACGAUUUGAAACUCUUUGGACGUCGGGUUUCAAUAAUCCAUUUGUUGUGGCGAAGAAAUCAAAAUUGAUGUCAGAGUUAUUCAGUGAACACUGUCGAAAGGUGAUGUCAGAGAAGAAGUUGAUUGAGCAGAUUAAGAGUGAAAACUUCGAUUUGGCUAUUACGGAGCCGUUUGAUACUUGUGCCUAUGCAUUCUUCGAAGCCAUUUCGAUUCGUGCCCACGUGGCAGUCUACUCAUGUAGCCGUCUCGAUCAUGUCAGUGAAGUCAUCGGACAACCUGCUGCGCCAAGUUAUGUACCUGGAAUGACCUCCCUUUUCGGAGAGAAAAUGAACAUUUGGGAUAGAUUUUUGAACUUUUAUUUGUAUAAAGCAAAUUCCUAUGCGUUUUCGAGAAUUGGAGAUGAAAAUUAUCGAGUUGCAAAGGAAUUCUAUCCAAAUAUCAGAUCAUGGAGAGAAGUGGUGCCAGAAGCCACAUUCCUGUUCACAAACUACAUACCAUAUCUGGAUUUUCCUGCACCAAUUUUCGAUAAAAUGAUUCCAAUUGGAGGGUUAACAGUGAAAACGGACCAGAAAGAAGUGCAGCUCGAAGAAAAAUGGAGCAAAAUUUUGGACGAAAGAAAGAAAAAUGUGCUCAUUUCGUUUGGAUCGAAUGCUAGAUCAGAAGAAAUGCCGAUUGAAUAUAAAAAUGCUCUACUCAAAGUAUUUCAAUCAAUGUCGGAUACCACAUUCAUUUGGAAAUACGAAAAUCCAGAAGAUCCAUUCACUAAACAUCUCAAAAAUGUGUAUCUCUCCGCUUGGUUACCUCAGAAUGAGUUGUUGGCUGAUCCUCGUCUGACUCUUUUUAUAACUCAUGGAGGUCUUGCGAGUGUUUUGGAAUUGGCAAUGACGGAGAAACCAGCUAUUAUGAUUCCCGUGGCCGCUGACCAAACAAGAAAUGCUCAAAUGAUGAAACGACAUGGAGUUGCAGCAGUAUUGAAGAAGUUUGAUCUAGCAAAUCCUGUCAAAAUUCAAGAAGUUAUUGAAGAAAUUAUGACGGAUUCGAGUUACCGCGAGAACGCCAAACGACUAGCAGAAAUUCUUCACAACCAGCCAACAGAUCCAAAAGAAACUUUAGUAAAAUAUGUGGAGUUCGCAGCUAGAUUCGGAAAACUUCCAUUGUUGGAUAACUACGGUAGACAUCAAAGUUUUGUGGAGUAUUUCUUCUUGGAUAUCAUUUCUAUUAUUAGUUUUACCGUUCUUGUAUCUUCCUACUUAUUCUAUAGACUGUUGGGGUAUUUAUUCAGAAAAUGUAGAGGAUCUUCAAUUAAGAAUAAAAAAGAAUAA